AUGCGCGGUUUCCAGAGUGAGGUCGAUCUGGGCAAGGCCCGAGUUGGCGGAUCUUCUACUGAUGCCUCUGCCUUCUGGGAUUUAUUGGACCCCCCAAUGCGGUCGAGAGUUAUCUCUGCUGGAUUCGCUGACGUUGACACCAGCCGAUUUCACUGCGAGCUGACGUUGACACCAGCCGAUUUCACUGCGAUUACCAGGCUUGGAUUUGAUGGUGACACUAUUCCUUUAGACGACCGGUACCAAACGGCUGCUUUGGGAGCCGAGCUUGUAGCUACCCUGCUUGGUGUUACUACACGCACCAAGUACACCUCGCAGGGCUAUGUCUCCUAUGAGGUUAUGUAUAAAUUUUGGGCUGAGCGGAUCCGAGUGAGAUUAGCAGCUUGGAGGGAGCUACCUGUGGAUGUUAGGCCUGCGGCCCCAGCUUACACUAGAGAGGAGAGGGACCAGGCAGCGAGGUCCUUCAUCUUUUACAUUAUCUCUUCCCAGCUUCUCUGCACCUCCCAGAAUAAGGGAGAUCCUGCUGUUUUGGCUUGCCUGCGGGACUUGAGCCUUGUCAGUACCUUUGACUGGGCUUCCCUUGCGUUGGCUCAUCUCUACCAUGGUCUGGAUGUAUGGACCGAGGUAGUGGUGAGUCUAACUGGCAGUUCCUCCGCCCACUCGAGGUAUGGGCAUAUGAGUAUUAGAUCUAUCCUGGGGGUCCUGAGAGUGAUACUCCUGCUGAGACUCGACGGAUUCCCCGAUAUUUGGUUCACCGCUAUCAUACUAACACCAUUUUGGAGGAUUCGUACCACUGGCGGUGCUACCUUAAUGACAGGGUGUUGGCUGAUCUCUUGUUGACUCCAUGGGAGGGAGAUGCUUGGACAUGGGACAGCCUAUCCCUCC